AAUCCGCACCCAAACUGCCGAAGCAAAAGUUGUAACAUUUCGGACAAUCUUAACAGAAAAUCAAAUAAAAAUUGGUAAAAAUCAUAGUUAAAAAAUUUAAACAAAGAAUCACUGAAUUCCAACUGAAUCAAGUCAAGUUGAGGGCGUGGGCUCAGGCCUUUGUACUUGAUGAAAGAUGUUUCAACUUAACAAUUGUAAGUAAGUUUUAAUAACGAGCGCGGAAGACCGAAGAAAAGUCGCCUAGAUCAGUCCAACCCAUCCUAGCCCAGAUCAGACCAGUCCGGAAAAAUAGGAUCGGACAUGGAGCUAACAAGCAAGUCCUGGCUCUUAAUAGGCAUCCUCGGGUGGAUGCUUUUGAUGACAGUCAAUGCAUCCGAAGAUGAAGAGCGCCUGGUGCGUGACCUCUUUCGAGGCUACAAUAAACUCAUACGACCCGUACAGAAUAUGACACAAAAAGUUGGAGUAAGAUUUGGUUUGGCGUUCGUACAGCUAAUCAAUGUCAAUGAGAAAAAUCAAAUUAUGAAAUCAAACGUUUGGUUACGUUUGGUUUGGUACGACUAUCAGCUACAAUGGGAUGAGGCUGAUUACGGCGGCAUUGGUGUACUACGACUGCCGCCCGAUAAGGUUUGGAAACCGGAUAUUGUGCUCUUCAAUAAUGCCGAUGGCAAUUAUGAGGUCCGCUACAAAUCAAACGUUCUCAUCUAUCCCACUGGAGAAGUGUUGUGGGUUCCGCCGGCCAUUUAUCAGAGCUCAUGCACCAUUGAUGUUACCUACUUCCCCUUCGAUCAGCAGACUUGUAUAAUGAAAUUCGGUUCUUGGACUUUCAAUGGUGACCAAGUCUCAUUGGCCCUGUACAAUAAUAAGAACUUUGUGGAUCUAUCGGAUUACUGGAAAUCGGGUACUUGGGAUAUCAUUGAGGUGCCAGCUUAUUUAAAUGUCUAUGAGGGCGAUAGCAAUCAUCCCACUGAGACGGAUAUCACUUUCUACAUUAUAAUACGACGUAAAACACUAUUCUAUACGGUCAAUUUGAUAUUACCUACGGUGUUGAUUUCAUUUCUCUGUGUGCUUGUUUUCUAUUUGCCCGCCGAGGCCGGCGAGAAGGUCACAUUGGGCAUUAGUAUUUUGCUGUCACUGGUUGUGUUCCUGUUGUUGGUAUCCAAAAUUUUACCGCCCACUUCGCUAGUGUUGCCGCUUAUAGCUAAAUAUCUGCUAUUCACCUUCAUUAUGAAUACCGUAUCUAUUCUGGUUACGGUGAUCAUUAUCAAUUGGAAUUUCCGAGGUCCACGCACCCAUCGUAUGCCCAUGUGGAUACGUUCGGUGUUUCUACACUAUCUGCCAGCCUUCCUAUUUAUGAAGCGUCCGCGCAAGACCCGCCUACGCUGGAUGAUGGAAAUGCCAGGGAUGAGCAUGCCAGCCCAUCCGCAUCCUUCGUAUGGCUCCCCAGCCGAGCUUCCCAAGCAUAUCAGUGCAAUUGGUGGCAAGCAAUCCAAAAUGGAAGUAAUGGAACUAUCUGAUCUCCAUCAUCCCAAUUGCAAAAUCAAUCGCAAAGUGAACAGUGGCGCCGAACUGGGCCUCGGCGAUGGCUGCAGGCGCGAAAGUGAGUCUUCCGAUUCAAUUCUAUUGUCACCAGAGGCGAGUAAGGCUACCGAGGCGGUAGAGUUCAUCGCUGAGCAUUUACGUAACGAGGAUCUCUACAUACAGACUCGCGAGGAUUGGAAAUAUGUUGCCAUGGUCAUUGAUCGCUUGCAGUUGUACAUUUUCUUCAUUGUCACUACGGCAGGAACUGUUGGUAUUCUCAUGGAUGCUCCACAUAUCUUUGAAUAUGUUGAUCAGGAUCGCAUUAUUGAAAUUUAUCGCGGAAAGUAAACGAAAGUGGCAAAGCACACAAAAAAAAUAAAGGUUAAACAUUGCAAACGCAACAAUAAAACAACUAAAACAAAAAACAAUUAAAGAAGUUUUUUUAGAUUUUAAACAAAUAACAAUUAAACGCAAAAAAAAAACAUUAUAAAAUAUUAUAAUUGCUUGAAAAACUGCAUCAAAUUUAGAAAAAGGAUUAGCCACACACCAAUCACACCAUGAUAGUAAAAAAAACCAAAAGAAAAAAUUAAGAUACAAAACAAAAACAAAAAGCCAUUUAACCAACUAAAAUACCAAUUAACAAAUUCUCACCAGUAACUGCAACAGCAAUUUAAAGCAACAACAAUUGUUCAUAGCUAGCGGAAUUGUGUGUACGUUUAGCCAUCUAAUUUGUAAUAAUUUUAAAUUUAAUGAAAAACUAAUUAAUUUUAAGAUUAUAACAAAAGCAACAACAACAACAACCACUGUUUUCCAACUUGUUACGACGAAUUAAGUUUAAGUAUAACUAAUUAUGCCCUCUACCCCAAUAAUAAUAAGGAUAGAAGGUGUGAAAUGCGAACUCCAAAAUAUAUGCCCGUGUCUAACUAUAUGCAUACAUACAUAUUUAUAUACUAUAUACAUAUAUUCCCGAUCACCCCCAACAAGACUCAGUCUGUCCGUUGGCCAGUCCAAUUCUCAGCAUAAAGGAUAGCAUAACUUUGAUCAGUACCAGAUCUCAGUCAAAUUGCUGAACUUGAACUUGACUAUGGCAAUUUCCAACUUCUUACGACGAAUUAAGUUUAAGUAUAACUAAUUAUGCCCUCUACCCCAAUAAUAAUAAGGAUAGAAGGUGAGAAAUGCAAACUCCAAGUUAUACGCCCUUGUCUAACCAUAUGCAUACAUACAUAUUUAUAUACUAUAUAAAUAUAUCCUCAAUCAGCAACCACAAGACUCAGUCUGUCCGUCGACUAGUCAGAAUAAAGGAUAGCAUAACUUUAAUCAGUAUCAUGCCCAGAUCUUAUUGCUGAACAUGAACUUGACUAUGGCAUUUGGUGUGCUACUUAAUUCUGGUAAAGGGUAUCUUAGAAGUCGGUAUUCCGACUUAGCGUACGGAUUUUUUUGUUUUAAUUGUAAGAUGAAUAAAUCAAACACAGAAAAAAGAUUUGUAAAUGCUUCACCAAACCAAGCAAAAGACAAACCAAUAAAAAUUCAAAGUUAAUUAA